AUGUUGCGGCGGACGGCCAAGUCUCUGGCUGACUCACGCCUCUUACGAUCGCUAUCGCUAAGUGCUUUGUCCUUCAGUACAAUCUCUGUAGGUGUGGGUACGAUUGCACUAUAUGUGGACGCACCAGUAGCGGAUAUGGGGGAUGGCAAGUACGACGGUGGACGACGGGCCGAGGUCUUCCCUAAAUGGCUACAUGACGUGGCACGCGUCCCCCUCUUUGCUGCUGCAACACUCGGAUCCAAGUUUUAUUUGUCAGUCAUGAAUCAGACAAAGGUCGAAGGCGUGGAGCUCCUGAUUCAGCAACUGGAACAGCGGCCAAAGGGGACGGCAGUCAUUACCGUGUCGAAUCAUUCAGCUACAGUGGACGAUCCUGCUGUUUUUGCCAAUAUGAUGCCGUGGAGGUAUGUGUGGCCAUGGAAAGGACGUUGGAGUUUGGCCAGUCAAGAAUAUUGUUAUACAAAGGGAAAACUGGUUUCAGCGUUGUUUUUUGGGGCCAAGACAUUACCAGUGAAGCGUGGUGCUGGCAUUGACCACCAGAUGAUUCAAGCUAUAUUUGAUAAGUUGGAGGAAGGCUCGUGGGUUCAUAUAUUCCCCGAAGGGAAGAUCGUGCAACAUGAAGCACUCGGUGGCAGACCAAGCCCUCGUCGCGAGGAGAUUGGACGUUUAAAGUGGGGCGUGGGCAAACUCAUCGCACGUGCGACCAAGCGGCCAAUUGUGGUGCCCUUGUACCAUUACAACAUGGAGCAGCUCAUGCCGCAGGACGAGAACAAUUCGCUAAUCAGCGUCAUGCCCCGCACGAACCUCAACCUCCGUGUGAUCGUUGGUGAACCACUGUCAUUUGACGACCUGUUUGAGCGGUAUGCAGAUGACCACGUAAUAGGUGCCUCUCCAUGGGAGACGCAGGAGCGUGAGAAAGCGCUGUACUCGGCCAUUACGCGGAGAAUAGAAAAUGCGCUACUAGCACUUGAGAAAAAGCUGCACCAAUAG